UGCUGAUAGCACGGCACGCUUCAUCUUCUCAGACUCUCAGAUCAACAAACUUCAAAGUUCAAACCAAAACGUCAAUGGAGAACGGAGCUUCAUCAUCUUCCGCUGCAUUAGACGAACAACAAAGAGAAGAAGAAGAAGAGUUAUUCUAUUAUGGCGCCGAAUCGGGUUGGGUUGAAGCGCGAACUUCUUGCGACCAUCUGCAUACUCUAUCUUCUGAUCUUUCGCACAUCCCGGCUCCCGGUACUCCUUGCACCAGGUGCCACCACCCUGCGGAGAACUGGUUAUGUUUGUGCUGUAAGGAUGUCCUAUGCAGCCGUUUCAUAAACAAGCACAUGCUUGACCAUUAUCAGGAACAAAACCACUGUCUGGCACUGAGCUUCAGUGAUUUGUCAGUUUGGUGUUACGCAUGCAAUGCAUAUUUAGAUGCUCAAGUUAUAUUGCAAUUGCGAUCGGUAUAUGAGACCACCUACUUACUGAAAUUUGGUGAACCCCCACCAUUUCGGAUGAUAGAAUGUUCACAGGUUUCUGAUAAUCAGGCAGCAGAUUCAUCAGUACUUAAAGUAUGAUAACCUUUAUUCCUCAAAAGAAUAAAAAGAACCUGAAUCAUUUUGUGCUCAUUUUUGUUUUUCUUGGUGUUUGUAACUGAAUGUAGUGCUUAAAAUUACAUAUACAGUUGUACUAUAGAAUUUUUAAGGAAAGGAAAAGAAACUUUGAGACAACUAUUAUGUAUUGGUUCCUCGGGCAGUUA